UAUAGGCUGCGAAUUAAAAAUGUACCGAAAUUCGCAUCAUCUAAAAUGAUGAAAGAAUUAUUGGCGAAGAAUGGAUGUGAACAGGUUAAAAUACAAAAAGCUCCAAAAUGGGAUUAUUGUUUUGCAACUUUAAAAACGGAAGAACAACAAUAUUAUGUAUUGAAUAAAUUAAAAGGAAUUAAAUUCAAAAAUAGAGAAUUAUCUAUACAAGUAGAUAAUGUUACGGAAAAAGAUAGACAGGCAUUAUUUGAUAGACGAAAAAAUGAAAAACAGCAAAAUAUCGAACAAUCUGGUAUACAAAAAUCACCGGAAGAAAUGCUAGCGGAUCAAGUAACACCUUUACAUAUUUAUGAGUAUCAAGCUCAAUUGGAAAUUAAACAAAGAGGGAUUAUAAAAUCCCUUGAGACAUUCCGCGAUAAAAUGGAUGAGUUAUAUAAUAAAAGUCAAUAUCAUUCUUCAUGGCUACAAGAAGAGUUUGAUUUCAAGCUUCCUUUAGAUCUUAAACCAAUGAUACAUUCGCCAGUAUUGAAAGGGUAUAGAAAUAAAUGUGAGUUCACCGCAGGAUUAAAUCUGAAAGGAGAAAAAACAGUCGGAUUUUUAUUAGGAGCCUAUAAAGAUGGUCAUAAUUCUGUUCUUGAACCAGAUAAUUCAAUCCAUGUUAGUGAUAUAGCAAAAAAGAUCGCGAAAGCCAUGCAAAAUUAUAUACGACAAUCUUUAUAUGACGUAUAUGAUCGUAAGACAAAACAGGGCAAUUGGCGCCAAAUAACUGUUAGGUCACAAAACUGUGGCAAUAUAAUGAUUAUAAUACAAAUACAUCCUCAAGGUUUAAGUAAAGAACAAAUUGACCAAGAAAAGAGUGCUCUUGCUGAAUAUUUCAAAAUGUUUGCUAAAGAAGAAAAUUUUGAUUUAACGUCUUUGUUAGUACAAAUAUACAGUGGUGUAAGCAAUGGUAUGUCAGAAGAUCCACUUGAUUGCAUAUUUGGCACGCCAUUUAUUCAUGAAGAGAUGAUGAAUUGUAGAUUUCGAAUUUCUCCCAGAGCAUUUUUUCAAACGAACACUGCAGCAGCAGAGUUGUUAUAUCAACAAUGUGGAGAUAUCAUUAAAGAAAUAUAUGAUCCAAAAGAUUUCUCGGAGUCACCAACAUUGAUAGAUGUGUGCUGUGGAACAGGAACUAUCGGAAUUGCUCUAUCAAAAAGUCUUGGAACUACAAUUAAAGAGGUUGUUGGAAUAGAGCUUUGUGAGGAGGCUGUAGAGGACGCUAAAAUAAAUGCCUCUCUGAAUGAGAUAAAUAAUGCCGAAUACAUUCUUGGACCUGUUGAGAAGAAUUUAUUUGCAUUACAUAAUUUCAGUAACAAAACUUCUGGAACUGCUGUAGCAAUCAUAGAUCCUCCACGUGCGGGAGUUCACAAGAAUGUUAUUAAAGCACUUCGUAAAUGUCGUGCAAUUGAUCAUUUUAUUUAUAUUUCAUGCGAUCAUAACGCAGCUAUUCAGAAUUUUGUAGACAUUUGUCGCCCCAUAAAUAAGGAUUUUCAUGGAGUACCAUUUAAACCUGUUAAAGCUAUUGGGGUGGAUCUCUUUCCACAUGCCAAACACGUAGAAUUAAUAAUCGAGUUUCGUAGA